CAGAAUGCAGUUGUACUGAUUUAUCCUGUUAGUUUCACCAGUUCUGCCUGUAAGGUUCCUGGAUUCGCGAGCUCCAGCCAUGGGCUUCGCGUCGUUCAUCGGUCGAGUCUUCUUCUCCGCCAUUUUCAUCCUCGCAGCAUGGCAAAAAUUCAAUGAUUUCGGUCCCGAUGGCGGUCCCGCGCUGAAGAACAUGGCUCCCAAGCUGGCGACGUUUCAAGGUCACUUGGAGAACUCGUUAGGUCUCUCGGUUCCGCAUGUUGAUCCUAAGAUUCUUCUCCUAACAGCGAUCGUGUUGGAAGGAGUGGGUGGAAUUCUAUUCACGAUCGGAAGCAGUCUGGGCGCAUAUUUCCUGCUGCUAUUCCUGGUGGCCGUCACCCCCAUCAUGCACGACUUCUACAACUUCAAGCCUGACAGUGCAGAGUACAUCCACGAGUUCAUCCAGUUCCUCAAGAACCUGUCCCUGCUGGGAGCACUUCUGGUGUACCUUGGAAUGCGCAGCUCCGCAGCCAAACUUGCAUCCAGGAAGCGGAAAGCCCCUGCCAAGUCCAAAGUCAGCUGAACUCGUGAAUCCUGAGCAACAGUAAAAGCACAAUGCUGGCGCGGCCUGUUAGCGCCUGCGUGGCACCUUAAGUGCAUUCGCAUCCUAUGGUCCUUAGGGAUUUGGGCUGUCAUCGGAUGACGAGAAUACUGUAUGUGCUUCACACACUAACAUGACUUGCAAAGCUUGGUACGCCCACCAGUC